CCCAAAACGAUGGCUUUCUCGCCAGUCCAGGGCCGAAAGGAAACCACGUUUAAUCGCGUCGUCGAUGAACGUACGAGAAACCUCCAGCGACCGUCCUCGGACUUGGUUAGCGCGAACCAGGUGGAUCCAAAAGCUGACCUUGCUCGCGAGCGCACCUCCGCUACGUUUCCCAGCCGCGAACUCGCUGCCCUAAUGCAAGGUGGAGAAGAAGAGCUCAAGCUUCGCGAGCGCAUCGCCGAUGCUGUGCGCACCGAACCGGUGUUCAGCAAGAAAGGCAAGUACUUCAUGGAGCGUUCGGAGCUGUAUCGCACGACGCUAGAAAAGUACCUCGCGUUGCCACGAUUAGUGCGGAAGAUGGGCGAGAAAUCCCCAAUCGCUGUUGGACGCAUUAUCCGAGAACUUAUCGACGAGCCAGGAGGUCUAGACCUACACCUUGGCAUGUUCAUCCCAACGAUACAAGGGCAAGGUGAUGCAGAGCAACGUAAGUAUUGGUUGCCCAAGUGCGCGCGGCUGCAGUGUGUGGGGACGUACGCCCAGACUGAACUAGGACAUGGAACCUACAUACGAGGUCUUGAAACGACGGCGACAUACGAUGCGGAAAAGGAGGAGUUCAUUAUCCACUCUCCCACGCUGACGUCCACAAAGUGGUGGCCCGGUGGAAUGGGUAAGACAGCAACGCAUGCCAUAGUUAUGGCCCGUCUUCUGACUAAAGGGAAAGACCACGGGCCGCACGCAUUCGUUGUCCAGAUACGCCGCAACGAAGAUCAUCAGGCAAUGCCCGGGGUGGUGGUGGGUGACAUGGGGCCCAAGAUGGGAUACAAUGCCGUUGACAAUGGGUUCUUGCGUUUCGACCACGUGAGAAUAUCACGACGCGCCAUGUUAAUGAAGCACAGCAUUGUUGAGUCAGAUGGAAGUUAUCAACCACCUCCAGUUGCAAAGGCAAGUUACGGAACCAUGGUAUUUGUGCGGAGCGAUAUCGUGAUGAAUGCAGCUCUAUACAUGAAAAAAGCGGUGACUAUCGCGACGCGGUACAAUCUUGUGAGGAGACAGUCGAAUCCGGGUAGUAAAAAUUCCGGACAAGGCACCAGUACACCCGAGUUGGAACUUCAGGUGAUCGAUUACCAACACUCGCAGAGAACAUUGUUUCCGAUCUUAGCCAAGGCUUUUGCUUUCCACUGCACAUCUGACUUUAUGAGGCGGAUGUAUUUUAAGUAUGAAAAGUUGUCAAGGGCAACAGGUGACUUUAGUAGCCUUCCUGAGCUACACGCUACAUCGUCUGGGCUGAAAGCCUAUUGUAGCUGGGCAACAAAAGACGCAAUCGAGUUAUGCCGGUUGAGCUGCGGUGGACAAGGCUUCAUGGCUGUUUCUGGGUUUGGAUCUACCUUUGGGAAUUACGCUCCGAACGCGACAUAUGAGGGAGAUAACAAUGUGCUGUGCUUACAAACGGCUAGGUACUUACUCAAGGUGGCCAGGGCGGCUGCUGAGUUGGCCGCUUGUCGCCGUGGAAUUUCAGGAGCAGAAAGCAGCGAAGUUGCUCCUACACACGCAACGUCAGGCAGUGCGCGCUAUCUCCUAGAGGGCAGCGGCGGUGUCGAGCUUGGCUCGCGUCUAGGGCGAGCCGUCGGUCUCCGACACAUCGGUGAACUGCUGCGAGCCUACGCUCAUGCAUCACGACGUCAAGUGCUCGAGCUUGCAAGACGGGCUGGAACGUCCAAACCUGAUCAUGCUAUCAGUGUUGACAUGGUUGCUUGGAUCAAAGCUGCAAAGGCACACUGCGAGUAUGUUGUCCUCCUCAACUUUGCCGACUCCGUCUCUGAUGUGAAGUCGCGCGUCAGUGCCUCCACUGCGGUAGUUUUAGAUCGACUUGUUGCUCUCCAUGCACUUGCCACCAUGGAAGACCGCAUGGCAGACUUUAUCGAAGAUGGCUACCUGGCUGCCGAGCAAGCUGCAGCAGUUCGAGCCGAAGUUUUGUCUCUGUUGACAGAACUGCGACCAGAUGCCGCUGCCUUGGUUGACUCCUUUGCGCUCGACGACUAUUUUCUGAAUUCAGCAUUGGGGGCUCAUGACGGGGAUGUGUACCAGCGUCUAUUUGAUGAGGUUCAAGAUGCACCGUUCAAUGCGUCGCAUGUUCCACCUGGGUACGCCGAGCUACUGCACGCUCGACUGGUUAAAGGUGCUGUUCGGUCUAAACUAUGAGCGCAACAAAGUGCAUGUUCCGUACAACUAACAACCUAGUAAUCUUUCUUACGAAAUGGUCCUGCCUUCAUGUCC